AUGGUGGUUCCUCCAGCUCCCCCGGUAGUUCCCCAAAUGAACCCUCAAGUAGCCUUCCUUGCGGAAGCACUACAGUUAAUCAAGGAUUUCAAGCGUUAUGGGCCUCCUACCUUUGACGGAGGAAGUGAGAAAACUAUAACAGCAGAGGAUUGGGUCAGGGAGUUGGAAGCUCUAUACGCAUAUCUAGGCUGCAAUUAUCAGUUCAAGGUCAAAGGUGCAUUCUUUAUGUUGAGAGGCGAAGCUCUGAAUUUGUGGGAUUCAGUGCCAACUGCAGUAGACUAUGCUAAUGUACCUAUCACCUUGAUGAGAUUCAAGGACUUGCUAUAUGAGUACUACUUCCCGAAGAUAAUGAAGGAUGCUAAGGAGGCAGAGUUUCUCCACUUGACUCAAGGCUUUAUGACGGUGGCCCAGUAUGAUAAAAAGUUUAUGUAA